GACGCCGUGCUGCCCGUGGUGCUGCACAGCAUGCUGGGGGCGUGGCGCCAGGACGAGGACCGUCUGGGUUCCGAAUUCGCUUCCAAGUUGUGGAGUGGCAGCUGCUGUGAGCGCUACACGGCCUUCCACACCAGCUAUACGCUACACGGGCCUCUUUGGCUUCUAUGCGGAAGCCGAGCAUGAGCAGCAGAUGGAUCUGUCAUGGGCCAUGAAGAGAGGGAUCUUCUGCAUCACCCUUGACAUUUGCCCUACUCACGCCGACCACGCUCGCAGACGGCUCAAGCAAUCGUUAGUGCAGCACCUGGACAGCUCAACAGCGGUGGCAGAUGAAAUUGGGCGCCACAUGUUGACAUACGGUCGGCGCGUGCCCCUUGCAGAAAUGAUAGCCUGCAUCAAUGAUGUGGAUGCGAAGACUCUCAGUCAGCCGGCCCGCAGGCUCUUUCUCAACAAGGACGCAGCGGUGGUAACCAUAGGCUAGGCACCACCCACUGGUUCCCAUGCUUCAGAGAUCUGAGCUUUGAGGGUGUGAUUCACAUGCAAGCAAUGUCUCUGCCAUAACAGCUGGGGUGGUUCAUGUUAUUGGAGUAAACCACGUGUUUAGGGUGGUCAGUGUUGGAAAUAUCUCAAGGACUUAAGCGUUUCUGAAGUGUAACACCACACUCGAGGAAGAUCGUAACGAGUACGCGAGUCAACGGAGGUUACACGAGGGGUUGGACAAAGAACACGAAAGGACUCGAAGGGUCGCAACCGGAGGUUGCGACUGACCGUUACAACUGCAAGAAUGGUAACCGAAGCGACAAUCGAGUCGCUGUGCGACUUGAUAAACCGCCAUUCAACUUGUAACACCACACUCGAGGAAGAUCGUAACGAGUACGCGAGUCAACGGAGGUUACACGAGGGGUUGGACAAAGAACACGAAAGGACUCGAAGGGUCGCAACCGGAGGUUGCGACUGACCGUUACAACUGCAAGAAUGGUAACCGAAG